UGUAUUGGUUGCAACUGUCAUAAUGCACUAAAGGACUGUACUUAAACCUAUUGAGACUGUUGGCAUAAGUGUUUGGCACAUGACUGGCCACUUUACUGUACACUAUUGUGUGGAGGCUAUAGUGCAUACACUCCUCUCCACACCCUUUAGAGUAAUUGUACUAACGUAUUAGUAUAAAGUGUAGAUCACUGUAUUUACAGUCUGGUCCAAACUGAGCACUAGAUACUUACUGACUGAUGUUUUAGCCGUAGUUCUUAACCAUAUAGAAGCAAGAUGUCACUACUGUAUUUGAUCUAUUUGCUUUAUAUAUCACUACUACUGAAGCCAACACUUUGCCAACCAACGGUAACUCUGACAGUGCCUAAUACAAUCUCAGAGGCUGACCUAAAUAUCCAGGUAUGUAUUGAAGUAUCUCUUCCCUCUGAGUCGUCUAGUGAUGUCUCCGUUAAUGCAACCGUGCAGACAAAUAGUGGCAGUGCUAUGAGUGGUAUAGACUUUGCUCCACUAAACGCUAUCCUCUUCGUGGACACUUCAACAGGCACACUCAUGAGCUGCACUGGCAUCACUGUCUUCCCGGAUGAUUUACUGGAACCUCGUGAGAUGUUCACUGUGUCAGGAAUAGCGGAUAUAGAUGGAGGAAGUUCUGUCAUGAUACUUGACACUGAGACAGUGAGUCUCCUGGACAACACAGCCGUGACACUGGGUUUUACUGAAGGUGUCUACACCUUUACGGAGGGAGAACCCAACCCUGAAGUGUGUGUGCAGCUGCUGGAGGGAGUGAUAGUGAGAACACUGCCUAUUGUAUUGGCCUUAAUCAAUGCCAUCCCCGGAACCGCCACACAGGGUGCUGAUUACAAUCCCAUAUCAAUGGUUCGAGUGGAGUUGGAUAACAACACACCUGAGUCGGGUUCCUGUGUCACCAUUCCGCUGAUCAAUGACGACCAGUUGGAGGACAUGGAGGAGUUCACCCUCUCUUUGGUCAGCUCCAUUGGAGAUACUCUUAUAGACGACGUACUGAAUGGAACGGACAUUGUUAUUGUGGACGAUGAUGAGAUUAUCGUCAGUGUGACUCCCUCGAAUGUGACAGAGACUGAUGGUUAUGUGGAGGUGUGUGUGGGACUCUUGGGCUCUCCAUCAAUCGAGUUACGUAAUAUAUCUCUAAUGACACAAGACGGUACAGCCGUAGCAUCUGUGCCUGGCAGUGGACUGGUUGGUGAUUAUGAACCCCUCAGUGUGUUUAUAGUCUUUCCUGUUGGUACAACAGAACUAAGCAUGUGUGUAAACAUUACUGUGAACCAGGAUAACAGUCUGGAGCCAGUACCGGAGAUGUUUACAGUGUUGGCAACUGCUGGGAAUGGAGACACUGUUCCCACCUCUCCACAAAUCGUACUGAUUCUGGAUGUGCCCACAACAGAGCCUCCUGUUACCACCCCCGAGCCAAUUUCUGAACCAAUGACUACACCCACAACUGAAACGACGAUGCCACCCACUACCGUUCCUACCACCAUGACCAUUCUUACCACCGUGCCUACCACCGUGCCUACCACCAUGCCUACCACCAUGCCUACUACUCAGCGGCCCACUACCAUGCCUACUACUGUGCCUCAGACCACUACUGUGCCCACUACUAUGCCCACUACUAUGCCCACUACUCCACCCACCACACCUCCACUAACCACACCUCCACCCACUACUCCUCCCACUAUUCCUCCCACCACACCUCCACCCAUCACACCUCCACCCACCACACCUCCACCAACAACGCCACCAAUCACAACUACUCAGCUAAUUGAGUGCCCAGUUUUGCCGAGAGUGAAAUAUGGCUGUGUGCUUCAACGUUUACGCACAGUUGGUUCUGUUGCUACUUACUCUUGCUUUGGACAAUUUGGAUUUAUUCUGACUAAUGGUGAUAAGACUAGAACUUGUCAGGAAGAUGGAACAUGGUCUGGAACUGCUCCAACUUGUGAAUCCAUUGAAUGCCCUGGCUUACAAAAACCUCGGUAUGGUAAAGUACGCUACCCUCGUGGAAGGAGGGUGACCUCGAGUGCGUACUAUUACUGUGACCGUGGUUACCAAUUGUGUGGAAGUAGAAGGCGUGUGUGUCAAUCCAACAAAAAAUGGACUGGAGUCACGCCCACAUGUUGUAGACGAAGGUCUUACCGAAAGCAGUGUAAAGGUGGAUUCAUGCUGUGGGGAUAGACCUGAUCAACUUGACAGCAAACUAUCACUCUAUACAGUUCAUAGAAAUCAUACGAAUUGUACUAGUACAAUGAUGUAAGACGAGUAGUAUAACAAAGCAUUGCAUAAUGAUUUUAGUACCGUAAA